AUGUCAAAAGUGCCAACAAGUACUUCAGAGACUGAACCAUUUAUAUCUCAAUCAACUGGAACAACAGUGAUUCCAAUAAAAAGUUUAACAGGUGAUAUUCAUCAUUCAUCUGGUUCUGUAAUAAUAUCAAAUGAACAAUUUCAAGAAUUAUUAAGUCGUGUUGGAAAUAAAACUCAAACUCAAACCGGAAUAGCAAAUCCAGGUGCACUUGGUCUUGGUGCAUUUGCAUUAACAACAUUUAUUUUAUCUGUAUUUAAUGCUGGUUCAUAUUUAAUUAAUAUUAAAUUAGAACCAGUUGUUUUACCAGUUGCAUUAUUUUAUGGUGGUUUAGCUCAAUUUUUAUCUGGUAUGUGGGAAUUUAAAUUAAAUAAUAUAUUUGGUGCAACAGCAUUUACAAGUUAUGGAGCUUUUUGGAUGUCAUUUGCUGGUUAUGUUCAUAUUAUAUUACCACAAUUAAAACAAAUUUUAGAUGUAAAUGUAAAAAAAGCCACAGGUCUUUUUCUAUUAGCUUGGUUUAUAUUUACAUUAAUAAUGAAUAUUGCUGCAUUUCGAACAUCAAAAUUUUUAUUUAUUUUAUUUACUAUACUUAAUAUAACUUUUUUAUUUUUAAUUAUUGGAAAUCUUGCUAAUUUACCUUUAUUUAUAAAUUUGGGAGGAUGGUUUGGAAUAAUAACUGCAUUUAUAGCAUGGUAUGGUUGUGCUGCUAUUAUUAUUAAUUCAACAUUUAAAAAAUCCCUUUUACCUUUGGGUGCUCAUCCAUAA